CUUUCUUUCUUAAUACUUUCAACAGAUAUGCAGACCAAGAUGCUUGACUUUGACCAGUUCCUCCCAAUUUACCAACAUAUCUGCAAAGCCAAGGACCGUGGAACGUUUGAAGACUUUGUUGAGGGUUUGAGGGUGUUUGACAAGGAGGGGAAUGGUACAGUGAUGGGCGCUGAGCUCAGACACGUGCUGGCAACCCUUGGUGAGAAGAUGAGGGAGAAUGAAGUGGAGCAGCUGAUGCAAAACCAAGAAGACGCUAAUGGCUGUAUAAAUUAUGAAGCUUUCGUGAAGUACAUCAUGGCAUCAUAAAAUAGCCAUUUGAGCCUUAAUGUGAUUUUGGUGCUACAUCACAAGACACAUAAAAAGCCAAUUGGAGUUAGAAAAAAAGUCAUUUUCUUCAUUGCUAAGCAAGUAUUUUGUCACCUUUUUGCCCACAGAAGGAAUCUACAUGUCUGUCAAAUCCACCUUGAGCAAUUUUCAUUUGCAUGUGUCAUGAAAGACAAAUUCAUAAAUGCUUCGUCUCAUUUUCUAAGUCUCUUCAAGCUGAUGCCUCUCUGUAUAUUUUUCAGAUUAUGGUGCAUGAAUACAUUUGUUUCAUUGUGU